AUGAAGGUGAUGGAAACAAACCCAGGAAGUGUCUUCACCAUUGAACAAGAAGACACGAGAUUCAAACGUUUAUUUGUGUCGUAUGGUGCAUGCAUACAGGGGUUUCUCAAGGGAUGUAGGCCAUUGCUCUUUCUAGAUGGGACUUUUCUGAAGGAUCGCUACAAAGGGAUCCUAUUAGGUGCGACUGCUUAUGAUGGUAAUCAAGGCAUAUUUCCACUCGCAUUUUGCGUUUGUGACCAAGAAAAUGAAGCAAAUUGGAGUUGGUUUAUUCAAGGAUUGCGGUAUAUUUUGUACAAUCGAACAGAACCGUACAAUCCACCCCAUCCUCUAGUGAUUUUGUCAGAUGCCGACAAAGGAAUUAAACAAUCUUUGAAAGAUAUAUUUCCAGAUGCGUACCACUCUAGAUGUGUACUUCAUCUCGUUGAGAAUUAUAAAUUAAAGCUUAGAGAGAUGGGUUUUGCCUCAAGUGCGGCUCAACGUAUUUCAAAAUUAUUGGAGUUUGCUGCAUACAAGUACACGGAAAGAGAAUUUAAAGCUGUUUUACAUCAGAUUAGGAUGACAGAUCAAAGAGCUUACCAAGUAGCUCUAAGUUAUGGACCAAGUAAUUGGGCGAAUUCCGUAUUUCCUGGUAUAAGAUAUGGUCAUAUCACUUCCAACGUUGCUGAAUCUUUCAACAGUUGGAUUCGUGUGGCGAGAACACUUCCCAUUUGUGAUAUGAUGGAUCACAUUCGUGUACAAAUUAUGGAAAGAAUGAAUACUCGCCGCGUGAUGGCAACAAAUUGGAAUAGCUAUCUAUGUCCAGAAGCGGAAAAAAUCCUCCAAGAAAAUGUCACCAAGGGAAGCACUCUUGAAGUAUCGCAUUCUACAGCUGAAAUCUUUGAGGUAUCAUCACAAAAAUCAGUACAAGUUGAUUUGGAUCACAAAACAUGCACGUGUCGUGCAUGGGAUAUAUUGAGAAUACCAUGUAAACAUGCGUGUGCUGCUAUCAACUUUAUGCAUAGAGAUGUGUACCAGUUUUGCGAUUGGUUCAUGACGACUGAAGCUUUUAAGAAAAGUUACGAACCAAUUCUCUUUCCUGUUCCAAAUUAUGAUAAGCCAGAUGUAACGGAUGAAACAGUUAGCAUUCUUCCCCCAAAGACGACAAAGAGACGUGGAAGGAACAAGAAUAGACGUAUCAACAACAGAUCUGAGAAUAGACGUGCAAUUAGAUGCUCAAGAUGUCACGCUGAAGGACAUAACCGAGCCACAUGCACUGAACCUAUCCAAGAUUAACGUUUCCUGGCAGAUUGCGGACUCUUUUGUGAUUAUUUUCUGUUACAUGUUACUUUUGCCGUUUUGUUGUGACAUUUUGUACUUAUAUGUGACGUAUUACAUGUAAAUGAAAUUUAUUACAUUUUGGGCAACAUUAACUACUUAUAUGUGACAUAUCACCUGUUCGUGUGACGUAUUACCUGUUUAGACAUAUAGAUAAUUGCGCUAUUUUGUUGCGACAUUUACUAAUUUUGCCUUUAUGAUAUUCUGUGUGACAUAACAUCCCGUCCCUCGAGGACCCAACAACAUCCUGAUGGAAAAAUAUCAAACUGAGCAACAUAACAGCACUACUUAUAUGUGACAUAACAUUCUAUGUGACAUUAACAUCCUGAUGAAAAAAUACGCAUGUAGAAGACAAAAAAAACUCUAUAACCGAGCAUCAUAACAGCACCAAAAUCUCACACAGAAUAUCAAACUGUGACAUAAAAAGAGCAGAAGUCACACAGCAUUCUAAAAUGUCACACAGCAGACCCAAAAGUCACACACAGCACCAAGAUCAUGUUCAUCUUUAAUAUGGUAAAGAAAAGAUCACCAGGUCAUAUCCAUCUAUGUUAGUAAACUGGUUAUCAUUUACAAACAGCAGUUAAACAGCAGUUAAACGACCAACAUCCAUCACAGGACAUCCAACAAAUGAAACAAUUACAUCUAGAGUCUAAUACUUCCACUCAAUCAUAGGUGCAUCACUACCCCCGAAGUACAAUAGAUAUUCUGGAUCAUCACUGUCUAAUUUCAACCGUAGCUUUUUCCAUUCACGCCCUUCACAUAUAAUUUGAGCAGCAAGUCUAGCCCGUAGCAUAUGCGACUCCCUGUGCAAGACUUCAAUGUCCAUCACCUCCCUUCCCUCGAGGAUCGCCUUAAUGAAAAAAUACGCAUGUAUGCCACAAUCAUAUCUGUAAAAAUAUAACAUAACACUUAAUAGCAGGAUAUGUAACGGGUAACGAGAAUAAAUGGAAGUUACCUAAUAUGUCACAUACAAUAUCAAAAUGUCACAUAAUAGCAGCAUAAGUCACACUGCAUACUAAACUGUCACAUAACAUGCCCAAAAGUCACUUGUAGUCCGCAAAUAUCACAUCAAUAUUUGCACCGACAAUGUCACUAAGCCAUACAACAAGCCAUGCAACAAUCUCAUGGUUAAGUAUA